ACAGCGAAAUAAUUGCUAUACAAGCCAAAGAGUGCAGGAAGAGAGCAGAAGUAUAACUGAGGCCGAGGGGAGAUCAUUCACAUCGCUGAACCAAACUGAGCAAGCAUCCAUCAAUAAACAUUGUUUUACAUCAUGGAGCAGAAACAAACCAUCAACUUUGGCGCCGGACCUGCAAAACUCCCCCAAUCCGUGCUGCUUCAAGCACAGAAGGAGCUCCUCAGCUACAGUGGUAUGGGUAUAAGCGUGCUCGAGAUGAGUCACCGAUCUGUGGAUUUUAACAAAAUCCUCACCAAAACAGAGAGUCUCUUGCGGGAGUUGUUAACCAUCCCGGACAACUAUAAGGUGUUGUUCCUACAGGGCGGGGGGUCUGGGCAGUUCAGUGCUGUUCCUCUCAACCUGAUCGGACUCAAAGAGGACACAUGUGCUGAUUACCUGGUGACCGGCACAUGGUCAGAAAAAGCAGCAAAAGAAGCGGAGAAAUACGGCAAAGUCAACAUUGUCCACCCGAAGCUGGACAGUUACACGAGUAAGUCUGUGUGAAUGUUGUGUUGUUGC